AUGCUUUCCAAUCCCAGAAAUUCUUCUGUUUGGGGUGAUUGGGAAUAUUUGCCACUGUUGGAUUUCGGUAUUAAACUGCUCAAUGAUAUCCCGUCUAAACGUCUUAAUUUAGCUUACUUACCAACAAAAGAAUUGGAAAACCUGAGAGUUACUUACGAGGAAUCAAAUCUUGCCAUUUCACCUUUGCAAAUUCUUCGUGGAUUUGCGGUUUUGCAUUUGUUAUCUGAUGGCGAAUGCAAUCUGAAACUUAAUGAUUUAAUCACAAAAGCUCUGCUUGGAAUAAGUAUACGUCGAUGGCAUACCUUACACGAUGAUUUGGAGGAUUUAUGUACGACUUAUUGUAAAUCAUUGAACAGAGGAGUGAUCCGAGUAUACUUUGAAGAAAAUCCAUUACUUACAUUCAAUACAGAAUUAAUGAAUUUAAUUAACAAAUAUUACGGUUCAACGGAUCAAAUGUCAGAAAGUUUAUUAGCAGACGGAGAUGACCAAAACAAGAAUAAGGUUGUUCAAUCAAUGUGUUUUCAAGUUAAUCCUGAUGGAAAAACUACUGUUGAUGAAAUGAACGAUAAAAUUAAAGAAGCAAGUGAUGGUAUAACAGAAUUUGUUAUACGUCGAGAUUUAGCACCAGAAUGGCGCACACGUGUAGUAUUAGUAAGCUCAUUUAAUUCAACGUUUUAUUGGAAGCCAUCUGGUUCAGUAAUUGAAGUAGAAACAUUUUUUUAUGAAACAUGUGAAAAAAUGGUGCAAACACGCAGCGUAAUUAAAGCAUUUCGUUGUAAUGGACUUUUUCGAACAACCAUUACUGAUGAUGGCGUACGUGUCAUCGAAUUGGAUUCCGAAACGGAUCAUCUCAAAAUGUAUCUUUUUCAACCUCAAACGGCAUUUUCAGGACAAUUUAUGAGAAAAUUACAGAGCAAACAUUUAAAGCAGUACGUAAGCGAAUUAUCCACUCUUCCAGAACGCAAAUCAGUUGUUAUUCCAUGUUUUACAAUAGUUUCACCAGUUGGAUUACGUUCAGUAUUUGCAAACUGUAAUCCUAUUUAUCAUUAUAUAUGCAAAAAUCGGCAUCCGCAGUAUCCUUAUCCUUGUAUCGCGCGGAUAUUUUCUCCAUAUAAAGCUGAAUUGGGAUUUAUUUAUGGUAAAGCAUCGGGAGAAUAUUACGGGACAUCUCAUAUAUAUCCUCUUUGGGAAUAUUACCAUAAAUCUAAAAUGGCAAUAAAAAUUGGAAAACCGGAGGUGAAAAAAAAAGCUGAAGAGAAAACAACUGAUAUACAAUGCGAUCAACCAACCAUAAAAGAUGUACAAGAAAAUAUGAAAAAAUCACAAGGGCACGAGAUAACAAAUUUGAAAGGUCAAAUUAUGAUAAUUAAGAAUCAAGCAGGGAUCACUCCCACUCAAUAUAUGAUUGGGAUAUUGAAAUAUUUAAAAAAUAGUUAA